GCUUUGCCUGUGGUUAUUAGCAAUGGUAGCAUAUGUAGCGUGGCAGCGAUAGCCCGGAAUGGCGAUCGGUCAGUGUCUGUGUGCUCCAGUUUAUGUUGCUUUUUGCAGAUGCAGAGCAGUGUUCCGAGUGGGCCCAAGGGAGCUGGAGGAAGGAAGGGGCACGCCCCAAGAAGGCGUGGAGCCUUGCGGGGAGCAGGUCGCUCGCAUCCAGGAGGAGCAGGGAGAGGUCUGGGCGAGGACGUAGAGCCCGGCGUAGGGCCAUCGCCUCGUCAGCGCCGUCCCCGUCGCCGUUCCUGUUUUACAGGUGUGUGGCGGACCUCGGCGUGGGGAGCCGUAGCCCGGCAGUCGGGACGGGAGAGCGGAGCAGGCAUUACAGGAAGUUUUGGAGAGGAGAAGCUGAUCAGCAACAAGGAGCCUGAGCAGGUACGGUGCGGGCCUUUCCCAGGCGUGGCUGAGGAUUUGAGGUGAGGUAGAAUGGAUGCCACGGGCAGCCUCACAGCCACAGUGCUGGAGCGUGGCUUUGGCACAGUACAGGUGAUAAAGGCAACUGUGGUGACUGAAGGGAGAUCAGUGCAGAUGCGGCUGCCAUUGAGGAUGGCUCUUGAGGACCGAUGGUGAUGCCCAGCAUUUGAACAGUGCUGAGCAGUGUUCCGAGUGGUCCCAAGGGAGCUGGAGGAAGAAAGGGGCACGCCCCAAGAAGGCGUGGAGCCUUGCGGGGAGCAGGUCGCUCGCAUCCAGGAGGAGCAGGGUGAGGUGAGCAUCAGUCCGGGAGCAGACGCAGAGCCCGGCGUAGGGUCAUCACCUCGUUGGCGCUGUCCCCUUCGCCCAGCGCCAUUCCUGUUUUACAGUUGUGUGGCGGACCUCGGUGUGGGGAGCCGUAGCCCAGCAGUUGGGAUGGGAGAGCGGAGCAGGA